AGCUCCGGAUGGUCAUUGUCAAGUGUCAAUUUGCCGCAUUUGCCGUGAUGCCCAGUGAUGCCGUCACAACAAAUAGAAAUGCGGAUGGUGAAGAGUUAAAAUAAAAUUGGUUACUAGAAUCCCACUAAAAUCAAGAUAAAUUGCAAUUUUUAACAUUUUAUGUGUCUUGAAACAGUCUUCGAAUUAAUUAUAUACAAUGACAACUAUAAGGCCGUUCACGUGUGAAGAUAUGUUAAAAUUUAAUAAUGUGAACUUGGAUCCAUUAACUGAAACUUAUGGAUUAUCAUUUUAUACUCAAUACUUAGCUCACUGGCCAGAAUAUUUCCAAGUUGCUGAAUCACCAAGUGGCGAGAUUAUGGGAUACAUAAUGGGAAAAGCUGAAGGACUUGGGGAAAACUGGCACGGCCAUGUUACUGCACUCACAGUGAGUCCUGACUAUAGACGGCUAGGCAUUGCUGCCACUUUGAUGAACAUACUCGAGGAUGUCUCAGAAAAAAAAAAGGCAUAUUUUGUUGACUUAUUUGUAAGGGUGAGCAAUAAAGUUGCCAUAAAUAUGUAUAAAAAUUUGGGUUAUAUUGUAUAUAGAACAGUACUAGAAUAUUAUUCUGGAGACCCCGAUGAAGAUGCUUAUGAUAUGAGGAAAGCAUGCUCAAGAGAUAUCCAUAAGAAAUCGGUUGUACCAUUAUCUCAUCCAGUGCGUCCAGAAGAUGUUGACUAAAUAAAAUAUUUACAAAG